UUCUGCGUUUUCCGUAUCCGGCUUUGAAUGAGAUCGCGAAAUCGCGGUGUUUAUAUGAUUUGUUGUACGUUUCGAUCAAGUGAUCCGGAGUAAAUAAUAUAAGUACAAACGGUAGCGUGCAAAGGUUUGCUUCGGAAGAUUACCCGUUCGUGAUAAACGGUGAAUUUGUCUGAUUUGGCGGUAAUUCUCAAUUAUUAUUUCUAAAAGCAGAACCUAAAUUGCAUGUCCUUGAAAUUGGACGUAGUAAAUAUGUACUAUUAAAUGCAAUAUGGAGAUGCCUGUGUUCAACGAGAAAGUUGCGCAGCAGCUAAAAGUAUUUACACAGCAGUGCAUGAAUGAUGCGUCUCUUUUACAUGACCCAAAAUUGUCCUUUAUCAAGGAAUUAAUUGAACAUUAUGGUGGAAAGAUACCAGAGGCCAAAGCCAACAGUUCAUCGGAUACCAAAACAGAAUUUGAGAGCAAACCUGCAGAGCCACAGUCUGUAUCAGAACCUGAAGAUGAGGAAAGCGAAGAGAGUGAUUUGGAGUUGGAUAUGACUGGCGUUAUUGAACCAGAUCAAGACACUCCUCAAAAAAUGGGAAACUUGACUUUACAACCUACAGAGGAGGAAAUUGCAGAGUCACAAACGAAAAGAUCCGAAGCGGUCUCAGCAUUUGUAGAGAAAGAUUAUGAAAAGGCCAUACAACUUUACACCGAGGCCAUUGUAUUGAACCCUCAGGCAGCCUUGCUAUACGCUAAACGCAGUCAAGUUUUCUUAAUACUGAACAAGCCUAACGCUUGUAUUCGUGACUGUAACCGUGCCAUAGAAUUAAAUCCGGACAGCGCGGCGGCUCACAAAUUUAGAGGACGAGCUUAUCACCUGCUUGGCAAGUUUGAAGAGGCGGCGAAUGACCUGAGAUUGGCCUGUAAACUGGACUUUGAUGAGCAAGCGGACGAGUGGCUACGCGAGACCACGCCGAAUGCCCGGAAGAUAGAGGAACAUAAAAGGAAGAAGGAACGAAAGGCGCAAGAAAAAUUGGAGCGUGAGAGACAAGAGAGAUUGCAAAAAGCGCGAGAAGCCGCCAAAGCUCGAGAGGAAAAUACGCGAACUUCCCAAACGGAUGCAGGCAACAUGCCCGGUGCGGGAGAUUUCUAUCAAUUCCUUAAGGAUCCUGAUGUACUUCAAGCUUUCGAGGAUCCGGAAGUGGCCGAGGCCUUCAAGGAGAUCUCCGCGAAUCCGACGAAUGUCCUCAAAUAUCAGAAUAACCCCAAAAUAAUGGCUCUUAUCAAUAAGAUGGCUUCAAAAUUCGGUGGUGCUGGCGGUAUGCCGGGCGCUGCCGGAAUGAAUUUCCCGGGUGGUAUGCCCGGUUUUCCCGGUGCCGGUCGUUUCAAUCCUCCUCCGAAACCGUCUCCUCACGAUGAUGUGGGUCUCGAUUAAUCGUAAUUGAGUCAUCUUGCAACGAAUAUGGAGAUCUCGAGAACUAAAUUAACUCAUUAAAGGCUGAUUUAUGGUAAUUUUCUUCUUACGUUGCGAUGAGUUGCACUAAAAAAGAAUUUAUAUUGAAAAGAACUGAUAAGAGAUUUAAAGAAUCCUUAAAAUGUAGAAUUUAUUUUGAUAUGCGUUAACAGGAUUCCUGCAUUUAAUUCUUGGGUUUUUCAGUUCUUUUGCUAAAUAAUUCUCAGUCUAAUUUUAGAUUGUCAAAUUUACUUAAAAUUUGUGAAUUUUUUUACUUUUCUCGAGUUAUAAAAAAUCACUAAUAAAGAAUUUUUGUAAAUAAAAUAUCUUAAAUAAAAAAAUGCACGCCUUUAAUGAGUUAAAAAUGCUAUUGUUGGAGUUCAUCUUUUGCUCUAUAUACAUAUAAAAGUGUGUACAAGGUGUUAAAAAACCACUUGUAUAGUGAAUAGUACACUAUACUGAAUAAAAAACCUUAUUAAAUAAUUGUAAAUUUAUUUAUUUCUCAGAGAAAUAGUUGAACAUAAUAUGAACACAGUAAUUGUUAAUGAAGUAAUAAUUCAAUAAUCAGUAUAACGCUGUUUUAGUAACGUGGUAUCCAUCCGAAAGCCUUUCAUAUUAACAUGCAAAAUUAUUUAUUUGAAAAACUGUUGAGAUGUCGAUCUAUGUUUACUAAGGUUUUCUUACUCGAUAUACUGUACUAUUUAACAUAUAACUGCUUAAUACUUUUUUUUAACACUCUGUAUAUAUAUUGUACAAGGUGUUCAGCAACUCGUGGAAGAAAAUUUAGAAAGAGUGAUUCUAGAUAAAACAAAAAUAACAAAAUUUUAAUUAAGGCGGUUUAUUUUCUUUAAUUAUAAACCUUAAAAUAUUUACGUGCUUUAGACAUUUUUUUGCAUGCAUAUUUAAAUAUUCAGAAUUACAAAAUCGAGAAUAUAACAAUUUUGGAGAUUUCGAGUUUUAAUUGUAAUGUCUAAACGUCCAUGUGCUUUAGGCAUUUUUGAAGUAAAUAUUUAAACAUUUAUAAAUAAAAAACGAAGUCCUAAUGGUAAUUUUACUAUUCUUAAUUUUGGCUUUAUUUUAUCUAGAAUUAUUUUUUAAAUCUUCUCCCAUUUGUUGUCGAACACUCUACAUAUACAUAAGUAUCUGUGUGUAAAAUCAGAUAAACAUAUAUACAAUAUAUAUAAAUAUAUAUAUAUAUAUAUAUAUGCAUAUAUACACAGAACCGCCGUUAAGCACUCAAUGUCCGCGUGCAAGUUAGAAUUUGGCGCUCGAUGUUUAUAGUUUGGAUUAUGUCUGAAAAUAUUUGCAAGGUUACAAAAUGGGACGAGGAAAUUUUGAAGUAUUUGAAAAAAUUUAUUACAUUAUUAUUUAAAAAAUUUGGUAUCAAGUUGGCGCUUUCUCGUGCUGUUUUCGUGCAGUGUACGCUCUGCAUGCUCAUUUAUGGCGGUCCUGUGCAUACAGCAGCAUAUAACAGUGAUAUAUCUUUGAAACAACUUUUACUGUGGAUCAACAUAGUUUGUUAUAUAUUACAGAGCGCUCUUUGUUAAAAAAAAGAACUUUAUUGCGUGUGUAUGUUGCAUUUUAUUACCUAAUGCCCCCAUCAAUCGUUCAAUUCUGUUAUGAAGAGUUUCUCAGAUAAUACGUUUUCGAAAUAGUGCCAUAAGCAGUCAAGUAUGUUCACAAGAUUGAUAUAAUAGAUGUAAGUAUUCUUUUUUAUUCUAAUAAUAAAUUACGUAAUAAACAGGCCUUUUUAUUCUAUUACAUAUCUCUAUGUAUAAUUGUAAUAGAAUAUUAGAAAUGUUAUUUCUAAUAUUUAAUAUUUGUUUUAAUAUUUCUAUGUCUGUAUAUAUUAAGAUAGUUCUAUCAUCAAACAAAAGUUCUGAAAAUAAUUUUUAUAUUGUAUAUAUUUAACUUGAAAAUUGAACUAGUAUCUAUUUAAUUUGAAAAUCAGUAGCCGAUCAUUUUUAUGAAAAAAAUUAAUUAAAUACCGGUCAUUAAACAUGAAACGCAGGUUCUCCAAUUGAAAAAGUAUAUAUUUCUUUAAUUUUUGUACCUGAGAUUUCUCAUAAAAUCUUUUUAAUAUAUUCUUUAAACGGUUUAAAAAAGUAAAUAUAAGAAAUAAAAAGUAAAGUUGCCGUUGAUUAUUUCAACUAAAAAAAUUAAUCUGAAUUGGUAAAUCUGGAAUUUUUUUAUUCAUGAUAGAGUAUAGUCGCCAUUUACUUCGAGCGUGGCAACGCCAUAGAUAUAUUCAAUAUAAUGAACUACAGCUACAUUCGACUUCACACUACAAAUACUUCAAAGUAUUUAUAAUGUCACGUCAAGUUCAGUCUAUAUAUAAGCAUGUAUGAGUAAAAAUUAAGGAGAAAUUAGUUUUUAUGAAAAUAAAAUAAAAAUGUAAUAUUGUAGAUUGUUGUGAAUUUCCGAAUUAAAUAAUUUGUAAAUAAUCUGUCAUAAUAAUACAAGUUUUUCAUCCUCUUGACAUCUAAUGCCAGUCGGUGUUGCCACGUUUUUGGCAAGUUUGUAUUGUGUAUAAAGAAUCCCGAAAUCAUUUUUUAUUUAUCAAAAAUUUAUUUUAAAAAUUAUUUUAUUUUAAGUAAUCAGUAAGAUCUUGUUCUGGCAAAUUUAAAUAGGGUCCUUUUAAGCACCCAUGAAAUUGAAUUCUUCACGAUAGAACUACCUUAAUAAUAUUAUGGUACAAUUAAUCAUUACUGGAUAUAUUAAUCACAAAACUCAAAUUAAAUAAUUUCAUGCAAGAAAUAGAAAGUAAAAUAGACAUUAAUCUAUUAUUAUUCUUAAAAUCGAUUAAUAUUUUUACUAUUUUGUUAUUCGCGAUUUAAGGAGAAGUAACUAAAUCGGCACUGCCUUGCUAUUUUUUUGUCUAGAAGAUACAAUAUACAUUGAUAAAGUGAAGCAUUGGACACGAAGUAAUGCUAUUUCUUCGUAUGCGAAAUAGAUAUUAUCAUUAAGUACUUAGAAGAUAUACAAAUUAUGAAAUUUGUUUCUUAAAAUAUUACUCCACUUAUUAGAACCAUAUAUUAAGAAAAAAAUUUCAUAAACUGAACGUUUGUUAAAGCAAAAUACAGUAGUCAUAAAAAAUGAUAGUUAUAACUUUUCUUUUACAAUGCUUAAUAAUCGAAAUAUGAAAAUACCAGCUUGCGAAUAAGUAAUUUUUAAAACAUAAUCUUUAAGAUUUUGAAAAUUAUCUUGAAUAUCUUUCAAUUAAAAAACUGAUUGCGUAUUUAUUAAUAAUAAAAUUUGCAUGAACAAUUUAUCAGUGAACUGAUGCUUUCUAUAUAAUUAGUUAGUUAUUAGUUUUAUACAUAUAAUAUUUAACUAUAUAAAUUAUAAUAAGAUUAUUUCAAAGUGUAAUUUGCAUCUAAUCUUUAAUUACAUCGACAUAAUCAUGGUCGUGCAAAAGAAGGAUACGACGAACGCACUGUACCAAGGCUAUAUUAAGAAGCCUCAAAAUUUCUGUUAAAAAUAACUAUUUUUUUAUUGUUUUUAUUUAAUUUUAUAUUCAAAAUGUAUUUAUAAUUCAUAAAGUAAUAUUUUUUUUUAAUUUAAUAACAUUUUUAUUGUCGUAAACUUUUCAUAGUAAAAUAAUGUGUAUAUAAUUUGAAAACAAUUGCUACAUUAACAAGCAAUAAUCAAUUAGAUAUAUGACAUAUUGACAUUAUUCAAGUUUUUGAAACAAGCAAUCAAGAAAAAAACAGUGCUAAAUAAUUAUUAUUUUUAGUUUUUAGCUGCACAGGACAUGUGUACAUAUAUAUAUAUAUUCUCUGAGAAAAAGUAACUAUUUAUGAAAGCGUAUAUGUACGCUAAAUUCACGAACAUCGAGUAACGGCCUCAUUUUUCCACCAAUUUUCUGCACGGUUUUACAAUACUUUUAUUAUUUGAAGUAUAAAAAUAAUGACAGAAAAAGAAGCAAACCAUUUAUUAAGGAAUUUUAUUUCUUAGAUUAUAAAUGUUCAAUAAGUAGAAUCGUAGGUAUAAUAAACGGAGUUCUAUCCAGAAUUCUGUUUCGUGUGUUAUAUCUUGUCAAAUCCGUAUAUAAAAUGUUUGCAAUAAAUAUGUACAAAAAUA